AUGAACAAGGGGGAGCUCACUGAUGCCAAGGUGCCAGCUAUCCCAAAGGCCAAAGGGAAUAUCUGCAAAAUUGUUGAGGAUAUCAGCCUCAUCAAGGGCCACCACCUACUCCUGCCAGAGGAGGGGGGUAACCACCCUGAGCAUGCCCCGCUCAAGGAGACCCCGCAGGGCAUCAUUGCGGGUAGGGAAGGGAAGGGAGCUGCCCGUCAGCUAGCCCAGAAAGGCGAGAAUGCCUGGCAUGGCAAUGCAGGAACCUGGAGAAAGAAGGCCUGGAAGGCAGCAACUGGUGCAGCCCAUGCUCAGCAACCCAUCUAA